AAAGAACAGAACUGAAAUUUUACGUCAAUGUCGAGAAAAGAUUUUUGUCUGCAAACUUUGUGACAUUGCGACAAUAAUUCUGUAGAAAUACAGGUUUAAUAACGAGAAUCAAAGGCAUUUCUACAGCUACAAAAUGGGUUGCAUGCUCAGGAGUGAUCCCAUGACCAUGUGUGGCAUGUAUCUCCAACCAGAGGUAGCGUUCGACGUUCUUUCCCAGCUCGGAGAAUUGGGCUGCGUGCAAUUCAUAGACAUGUAUCCAGAACUGCAACUGUUUCAACGGAACUUUGUCAUGGAGGUGUGCCGUUAUUCGGAGAUGGAGCGGAGGCUUCAAGUCAUAGCUACUGAAAUGAGGCUCAACAAUAUACCUAUGAUAGAGCGAAAUAUAGAAUCAUGUCCUGCUCAACCACUUAAUGAGAUGGUGCAGUUUGAGAAUUUGCUAGAAAGAUGGGAACAAGACAUUCAAGACAUGACGGCAAACGAAGUAUCAUUAUUGAAAAGUUAUUUUGAGUUGACCGAGUUUCAUUACGUUUUGACAUACAUUGGACCAUUAUUAGGAGACUCUGAAAUAAGAAAGGAAACUUUAUUGAGUAGUCGAAAGAGAGACCAACAGGCGCAACAGGCGGCAGGUGACGUGGUGGGAGGCCGGCUGAUCGUAAUAACCGGAGUGGUUCGAAGAACCAAAUCCUUUGCGUUUGAAAUGAUGCUGUGGAGGGUCUCGCACGGCAUCGUCUACUAUAAACAGGCUUCUGAAGACAAGAUCCUGAUCGAUCCACAAACUCGUCAAGAAAUCAGGAAGGUUGCGUUUCUAGCAAUUUGUCAAGGUGAAGCGCUAGCAGUGCGCGUAGAUAAGAUUUGUUCUGGUUUCCAAGUGAACACCUUCCCAUGUCCUAACACUCAAGCGGAGAGAAUGGAAUUGAUGGAAAAACUGCAAAUAAGGAUAAGUGAUUUAGAUGAGGUUUUAAAUAAGACAAAAUACCUUCGGUGCAAGACUUUGCGCACUGUGAGCAGGAGUUUUCAACUUUGGUUGGGACAAGUAAAAAAAUCGAAGGCCAUCUACCAUACGAUGAAUAUGAUGCGCAAAGAAAAAUGUUUGAUCGGCGAGUGUUGGAUACCUACCAGCGAUCUGGAUAAAGUCAAUGGAAUUUUGACAAAAUGUUCUGAAGAUGAACAGUCCAACGUGCCCUCAUUCACUUCCAAGAUUGAUACCAAUCAAAUGCCUCCUACCUUUCACCGUACCAACAAGUUUACAAGAGGGUUUCAGAAUCUUAUCAAUGCCUAUGGUGAUUCUACAUAUAGAGAACUGAAUCCAGGUCUUUAUACCCUGGUCACGUUUCCAUUUCUCUUCGGAAUUAUGUUCGGGGAUCUAGGACAUGGAUUUAUUUUGGCUGGCUUUGGUGUAUGGAUGUGGAGAAAUGAAAAGACUUUUGACAAGAUGAAUUCCACUAACGAAAUCUGGAACAUAUUUUAUGGCGGUCGUUACGUGAUACUUUUGAUGGGAUUGUUCAGCAUUUACACUGGAUUUUGUUACAAUGACAUCUUUUCAAAGGCUUUCUUACUUACUGAAUCUUACUGGGUGAAUCUGAAGAGUGUAGAUGAGUUGGCUAAAGACGAGUAUAUAGAUUUAGACCCAUCUCUAGAGACACGAGAACCAUAUGUUUAUGGAAAAGAUCCGAUAUGGGCAUUGGCGAAGAAUAAAAUUAUGUUCGAAAAUUCGUUCAAAAUGAAAUCUUCGAUCAUUAUUGGAAUCAUACACAUGAUGUUCGGAAUUAUUCUUAGUUUUUUUAAUUAUCGGUAUUUCAAACGUACGUAUUCGAUAUUUCUCCAGUUUAUACCGGAGUUAUUGUUCCUAACGCUGCUGUUCUUCUGGCUAGUUAUCAUGAUUUACAUGAAAUGGUUCUUAUUCGGUCCCAAAGAACCGGAUCAAGAAAAGAAUACCGCCUGCGCUCCUCAGAUCCUGUUGUUGUUUAUUGACAUGGUGCUCAUGUCUGAAACUAAACCAGCUAACGAGGGAUGCAAGGAAGGCUACAUAUUUCCCAGUCAGAGACUCUUUCAAACAAGUUUGGUGUUUGCCGCCCUAUUAUGUGUACCGAUUUUACUCUUUGGGACUCCACUCUAUAAGUUAAAGACUAAUAAAAAGAAGAGGGCUGCCGCUGCGGCUGCUCUAUUGGCCUACAAAAGGGAUUUACAUCCAGACCCCAAAACCGUGGCAAUGUUGGAAGCCGAGGUAGGGAAAUACUCUGACUCAGUUGGUGAGCUGAUGAUACAUCAAGGAGUGCACACCAUUGAGUUUGUGCUCAGCACUAUAUCUCACACGGCAUCUUAUCUUCGACUCUGGGCGUUAUCCCUAGCCCAUGCACAACUUUCCGAAAUGUUGUGGAACAUGGUCUUAUCAAAGAUGGCCCUGCAUAUUCGCUCACCUGAUGGCGUAAUAAGAAUUGUCAUUGUGUUUGCAUUGUGGGCAGCCUUCACUCUCUCCAUUCUUGUAGUAAUGGAAGGAUUAUCCGCUUUCCUGCAUUGCCUCCGAUUGCACUGGGUGGAGUUUAUGAGUAAAUUUUAUGCCGGUGGUGGUUGGCCAUUCCGUCCCUAUUCCUUCAAGGUUAUUCUGCAGUCUGAAGGAGACAAGACGGAGGCUGGUUGCAAGAAGGCUAAUGCGGGAAUGUUCCUGUAAAAUAUUUUUUAUGAUAAUGUUAAACUGGACUCCUUUAUCGAUAUACGUAGGUAUUGUAGACAGAAAAUGUUCACUGUAGCGUUUUAAAUUGUAUAAUACUUUGUUAAAUGUUAUCAGUUAUGUUAUGUUAUGAGUUGUACGCUUUUAUUUGCUUUUUACUUAAUAAUAAUGGAUCACUCCAUUAUUAUGAUAUUCCGUAAAUUAAUUUUGUUGUUGUUUAAUGAAUAAAUGUCUUAGUUUUA